AUGCUCGCAGACAGCCUGUCGGCCCUCGCCAUUGACUACCCACAGGCCGCGACCCUCCUCCAGCAGCUCAACGCCCCGGCACCGGUCACACGCUCGCGCGCGAUGACGCUGCGUAGCAUGAAGCUAGCGCCAUCUCAACCUCUAGAGGACGUUAAGGAGGCUCCAGCGCUGGCCGAGCCGCCGACCGACACCGCGCGUGGCUGGACGUUCCCGCCCGUCGCGGUCUCCGAGGCCGACGACAAGCUGCUCUUCGAGCUCGAGGUGAAGCUCAAGCUCCAAGCGCGGCCCAUGGAUGUGCUAGGUGUCGUGCGGUGGCUGCGCGACACGGCGAUCAUCGACUUUCCGCCCGAAGUCUUCUUGCAGCGCCCGGCGACGCUCCAAUACCUCUUGCACCUCGUCGCGACGCCACUUCUCGAGUCUUCCGCGGGCUUUAGCGACGCGUACUACAACUAUCCCAAGACCUCGACGUCGGCGACGCUGCUUUUGACAGUCCUCGACGUCCUUCGCGACCUCACGGCCGGAUGGCUGCAGUCGUGCCGCCUCCUCGCGCAUGCAACGUACACGACCCCGGCCUCGCCGCAUCAAAGCCCUUGGUAUCCCUCUCCUGCAGGCACACCAGUAGUCGGCAGCUGGUCGCUCGCUGGCGGGCUCCACCAAGUCGUCGUGCACUGGCUCGUCGCGCUCGCGCAGCCGACAGCGCCGCCAGUCCACCUCGUCGCCGCUGUCGCACCAACGUGGCUUUGCGACGCAGACGACCGUGGUCUCGACGCUCCGCGCUUUACGCGGCUUUCCCACGCCAUCGCCCACGUGCUCCUUGCGCCACACGUCGACACGCACGUCGUCACGCCGCUUAUCCGGUGGGUCGCCGACGUCUUUGCGCAGUUGACGCCGUCCGAAUUGCGCCCGUCGGCCAUUGUGGUGCCGGACCGACUCGUCGACGAGCUCGCCGCGCACGUGCUCGCAACCGGGAACGAGCAAUUGCUGCCGUACGUCAAGUGCGACCCGUUUCUCGCGUCGAUCGGAGCUCGUCUCGAGGGAUCGACGUCGACGUGGGAUGCUGCGAGCGCUCUCGCAACGGCACGCGAGCUGCUCGAUCUUGUCGCGGACGAUGGCCGCCGAGACUCGCUGCUUCGUGCCAUCGCACACGUCAUCGGCCUGGCCGCCGACGAGCCAGACCUCUCGCUUGCGGUCCAAGAGCUUCUCGAGGCCCUUGGCCGGGUCUGUAUUGAGGUCAACAGCCACUACGACACGAUCCUGGCGUACGUCGACGGGCCUCUAGGCGGACUUUUAACCACACAAAGUAUUCUGCUCGGUCUGUGUCAACGCCUCGCGACCGACCCGACAGUGGACGUUCUCUGGACGCUGCUUGAUCUGUGCUGGACCCGUCUCGGCCGUGCGAUUCCGUCGAUGCUGUGGCCGUACCUGCAGCACUGGGCGUACGCAGAGGUGCCCUUCUCGCCCCAUCACGGCGACAUCCAAGAGCGCUGGGCGCGGCUACUGCAUGCGCUGCCUGCUGUCGCGAUGGCGGACGACGUCGUCCUACGCCUUCGGUGUCUCUUCAACCGAUCCAACUACGUUCGCCGGGCCGCCGUCAUGGGCCUCAACGAGCUUUUACGCUUGGCGGUGGACGAUGAUGUCUUUGGCGGCGAGGACAUGGAGCCCGCGCUGCAAGCCUACGCAAAAUCGCACCACCCAGGUCGACACGGCUAUUCAUCGUCGUCGUCGCAGCUUGUCGAGAAGGCGCGCGUGUGGCUGCUCAUGCUGCGCUCGACGUCGCUCGAGGCGAGUAUCAAGGCGUCCGUGCUCACUCAAGCCGCCGAGCGAUUGUACCGCGUCGGUGGCACGAUCGACGUUCUCGCCGACGCCGGUCUUCUUGCCGAGUUGCUUCCGACACUGAUGCAGCUCCUGGACGAAGCCUCAAUGGCGUCCAAGGGCGUCCUCGUACUCGACCGGCUCUUGGCGCAGUCGGCGUUUGCGCGCAAGUGGUUACGAUCCCAAGUCGACGGCCUCCGCGCGCUGUUUCUAUGCGCCGGCGCGGAGGCCAACCCCGAGCUGCGCGCUGGCGCGUACUGCUGCCUCUUGUACACCACGGUCGCCCGCGACAUCUGGACGCUCAAAGAGGACAACGUCACGUCGAUACCGUCGAUGCUCUUGCCGACGUUUGGUCUGCACGCGAGCGUCUGGACGUCCAUCGACACGCGUUGGCCCACGCCACUACUGGCAUCCGCACCCGCGUUCCCUCUGCCUCCGCAGCGACUUGUGGCGGCGCAGUGGACACCCACGCACGUUCGGGCGCAUCUCGAAGCGCUCACGUCGGCGUCCUCGCACCGGGCAUACCUGCACCACUUGUACAGCUUGCGGUGGUGGCUCGUCGUGGACCCAACAGUGUGGGCGCCGGUCGUCGAGACCCACGGCCAGGAUCUCUUGCGUCUCCUCGAGACGUACCCAUGCAGCGCCAAGGACAUGCUCGUGCUUGCCGCGCUGCUUCGGUGCUUUGCCAGCGUGACGCCAACGCUCGGCUCGUCGCUCCUCAUGAGCCUCCUGCUGCGCCUCAAGGUGCACGUGGCGCCGCUGCUUCAGCAGUGUCUCGCGUCCAACGCGCCUCUCUUCGACGCGACCAUGUGCUUGCUCUUGGCGAUGGCCGAAGCGUCCGUCGACCUCGCGCGGUUUGUCGCCGCCUUCCUCAUCGAUACGAACGUCCAUGCCAGCGCGCUUCUGACGCGCGUCUGUUUGCAGCUCGUGGUGCGGCUCACACAGGUCUCGGGCGUCGACGCCGAGGCGUGGCAUCGCUUUGCGUCCGAGACGCUGCGCCCCGUGCUUCUCAGUAUCGUGCGCCCGCAUCGACGCGCCGACUCGUUCCAGGACAAGCGGCGCGUGCUCCACGCCCUCGAGUGUCUCUUGGCUCUGCCCAGCGACGAGGACGUCGUGGCCACUGCGCGCGGCGUGUUGUUUGACGUCGACGGCCGACUGCGCACCCUCGGCUACAUGCUCGUGGCCUCGGGUGCCAAGACAGAGGCCUCGCUGGCCCAGCUGGCACUGGAUACGCUGGGCGACGCCACCGAAGCCGCCGCUGUCCGCCGUGCCGCUGGUGCCGUCGUGGCACAUGAGAGCGCUCUCGACACGACGUCGGUUCGAACGCUACUCCUCGACGAAACGACGACGCUGGCACCGGCGCUCACACUCGCACUGCUGCGGCUGGUGCCUCCCAACGACUCGAGCGUGCCUUCGUUGCCAUGGCCCUCGGUACGUAAUGCUUUUUCUACUUGGUAUACUACUUGGUAUACACACUGUUUGUAG